AUGUCAGAAGCCUUUCCAAUCAAGGACCUCCUGCAGAUGGUGGCCAGUCAGCAGAAGCUGCUCGUCGACCUGCUCCAGAAGAAUGCAACGUCUACAGUCGCACUACAAGAACCCGUAUUCGACCAACUCUCGAAGGGAUUGAAAAGUAUUCCUCCGAUGCUGACCAAGACAACUGCUUCAAUCUAUUUCAAUGCACAAUGA